GACUGGGGAAGCGAGCGGAGGGCGAAGGAGGUCGGAGGCCGCGGCGCCAGCUCCGGGGCUGAGUUUGAAAGCUGUCUGGGAAAGCGGUUUUUUUGAAUUUAAUGUAAUUUUUUUGUUUGCUUUUUGUUUUUGUAUUUAUCUCAAAGACAGAUGGCUGGCUUGGAAGCAUAACUCGCACCCCACCAUCAUCUCUGGAUUUGUACUUGAUUCUUUUCUUGCACCUUGAGACUGGAUUUCGUUAUGGUGUGAUGUGUUUUCUGGGGAGGAAUUGCCUGGAUCUCACUGCGUCCUGGACAUGACUGAGCCUCUUCAAUGGGCCAGAUACCACUGGCAACGGCUGAUGGGUGGGAGAAUCAGGAGUGAAGAUGAGAGGCUGUACAACUACUCCUCGCUGCUUGCCUGUGGGGGGAAGUCCUCCCAGACCCCAAAACUGGCAGGAAAGCAGCACCGUGUUGUUAUCCCCCACCUUCAGCCCUUUAAGGAUGAAUAUGACAGAUUUUCUGGAACCUAUAUGAAUAACCGAAUACGAACAACCAAGUACACGCUUCUGAAUUUUGUUCCAAGAAAUUUGUUUGAACAGUUUCACAGGGCUGCCAAUUUAUAUUUCCUCUUCCUUGUUGUCCUGAACUGGGUGCCUUUGGUAGAAGCCUUCCAAAAGGAAAUUACCAUGUUGCCUCUGGUGGUGGUCCUCACAAUUAUUGCGAUUAAAGAUGGCUUGGAAGAUUAUCAAAAAUACACAAUUGAUAAACACAUCAACAAUUUAGUGACUAAAGUUUACAGUAGGAAAGAGAAAAAAUAUAUAGACUGUUGCUGGAAAGAUGUCACCGUCGGGGACUUCAUUCGCCUCUCCUGUAAUGAGAUCAUUCCUGCAGAUUUGGUCUUACUCUUUUCCACCGAUCCCGAUGGAAUCUGUCACAUCGAGACUUCCGGUCUUGAUGGAGAGAGCAAUUUAAAACAGAGGCAGGUGGUACGGGGUUAUGCAGAGCAGGACUCUGAAGUUGACCCUGAGAAGUUCUCCAGUAGGAUAGAAUGUGAAAGUCCAAACAAUGACCUCAACAGAUUCCAAGGCUUCCUAGAACAUUCCAACAAACAGCGUGUGGGUCUCAGCAAAGAAAAUUUACUACUCAGAGGAUGCACUAUUAGAAAUACAGAGUCUGUCGUGGGGAUUGUGGUUUAUGCAGGACAUGAAACCAAAGCAAUGCUGAACAAUCCGGGGCCACGCUAUAAACGUAGCAAAUUAGAAAGAAGAGCAAAUACAGAUGUCCUCUGGUGUGUCCUGCUUCUGGUUAUAAUGUGUUUAACUGGUGCACUGGGUCAUGGAAUCUGGUUGAGCAGGUAUGAAAAUGUGCUCUUUUUUAACAUCCCUGAGCCUGAUGGACAUAUCAUAUCACCGACAUUGGCAGGAUUCUAUAUGUUUUGGACCAUGAUCAUUUUGUUACAGGUCUUGAUUCCCAUUUCUCUUUAUGUUUCCAUUGAAAUUGUGAAGCUUGGGCAAAUAUAUUUCAUUCAAAGUGAUGUGGAUUUCUACAGUGAGAAAAUGGAUUCUACUGUACAGUGCCGAGCCCUGAACAUUGCAGAGGAUCUUGGACAGAUUCAGUACCUCUUUUCUGAUAAGACAGGAACCCUCACUGAGAAUAAGAUGGUUUUCCGAAGGUGCAGUGUGGCAGGAUUUGAUUAUUGCCAUGAAGAAAAUGCCAAGAGACUGGAGUCAUAUCAGGAAGCUGUCUCUGAAGAUGAAGAUUAUACAGACACUCUCAGCAGCUCCCUCAGCAACAUGGCAAAACCAAGAGCCCCCUGCUGCAGGACAGUCCCUAGUGGGGCUCUGGGAAACAAGUUCUCAGAUCAUCUCUCUGGCAGCACAUCUGCUGUAGGAAGUGGAGAAGGAGCUGGUGAAGUGUUUCAUUCCAGACAGGCUGCUUUCAGCAGCCCCAUUGAAACAGAUGUGGUACCAGACACCAGGCUUUUGAACAAAUUUAGUCAGAUUACACCUCAUCUCUUUACCUCACUAGAUGGGACCAUCCAAAGGCCACCAUUGGAGACUUUGUACAUUAUGGACUUUUUUAUUGCACUGGCGAUUUGCAACACAGUAGUGGUUUGUGCUCCUAACCAACCAAGACAAAAGAUUAGGCUUUCUUCACUGAGUGGAACACCCAUUAAAUCCUUGGAAGAGAUUAAAAACCUCUUCCAGAGAUUGUCUGUCCGAAGGUCAAGUUCACCAUCCCUUGCCAGUGGGAAAGAACUGCCAUCGGGGGUCCCGAGCACCUUUGUGAGCAGACUCUCUCUCUUUACUCGGAUGAAGCUGACUUCACCUAUGGAGGAAGAGGUCUCCCCAAUUAGGAAGAGCUCCCAGGACUGUGGUAACUCAGCUUGCUGUAUGGAGAUUGAGAAACCAAACAACAAUGCAGCCAUCACAGAUAGCAAGGUGGAAUCCCUCCCUGGACUGCCCUUGGCCUCCAACCUCUGUUAUGAGGCUGAAAGCCCAGAUGAAGCAGCCUUGGUGUAUGCUGCCAGGGCUUACCAAUGCACUUUACAGUCACGGACACCAGAGCAGGUCAUGGUGGACUUUGCUGCCUUGGGACCAUUAACAUUUCAACUCUUACACAUCCUGCCCUUUGACUCAGUAAGAAAACGAAUGUCCGUUGUUGUCCGGCACCCUCUUUCCAACGAAGUUGUGGUGUAUACAAAGGGUGCUGAUUCUGCAGUCAUGGAGUUGCUCUCAAUUGUUUCCCCAGAGGGAGCAAAUCUGGAAAAAGAGCAGAUGAUCAUAAGGGAGAAAACCCAGAAACACUUGGAUGACUAUGCCAAACGAGGAUUACGUACUUUAUGUAUAGCAAAGAAGGUCAUGAGUGACACUGAAUAUGCAGAGUGGCUGAGGAAUCAUUUUUUGGCUGAAACCAGCAUUGACAACAGGGAAGAAUUACUAAUUGAAUCUGCCAUGAGACUGGAGAACAAACUAACAUUGCUUGGUGCUACUGGCAUUGAAGACCGGUUGCAGGAAGGAGUCCCUGAGUCUAUAGAAGCUCUUCACAAAGCUGGGAUCAAGAUCUGGAUGCUGACUGGGGAUAAGCAGGAGACAGCUGUCAACAUAGCUUAUGCAUGCAAACUACUGGAGCCCAAUGACAAGCUCUUUAUCCUUAAUUCCCAAAGUAAAGAUGCCUGUGAGAUGCAAAUGAGCAUAAUUUUGAAAGAUCUUCAGAAGAAAACUCCAGCUUCUCCAGGGCAAAGAUCAUUAAGAAAGGGUUCCCCUCAGCCUCCCAUCACCCAGAACUCAGGGCAACGGGCUGGACUCAUUAUCACUGGGAAGACCCUAGAGUUUGCCCUGCAAGAGAGUCUGCAAAGGCAGUUCCUAGAGCUGACUUCUUGGAGCCAUGCUGUAGUCUGCUGCCGAGCCACACCCCUGCAGAAGAGCGAGGUGGUUAAAUUGGUUCGAAACCAUCUCCAGGUGAUGACUCUAGCCAUUGGUGAUGGUGCCAAUGACGUUAGUAUGAUCCAAGUGGCAGACAUUGGGAUAGGGGUCUUGGGCCAAGAAGGCAUGCAGGCUGUGAUGGCCAGUGACUUUGCCAUUUCUCAGUUCAGACAUCUCAGCAAACUCCUUCUUGUCCAUGGGCACUGGUGUUACAUGCGCCUUUCCAACAUGAUUCUCUACUUUUUCUACAAGAAUGUGGCCUAUGUGAACCUCCUUUUCUGGUACCAGUUCUUUUGUGGAUUUUCAGGAACAUCCAUGACUGACUAUUGGGUUUUGAUCUUCUUCAACCUCCUCUUCACGUCUGCUCCUCCUGUCAUUUAUGGUGUUCUGGAAAAAGAUGUAUCUGCAGACACCCUCAUGCAACUGCCUGAACUUUACCAGAGUGGUCAGAAAUCAGAGGCAUACUUACCCCUCACCUUCUGGAUCACCUUGUUGGAUGCAUUUUAUCAAAGCCUGAUCUGCUUCUUUGUGCCUUACUUUACCUACGAGGGCUCAGACAUUGACGUCUUCACAUUUGGAAACCCCCUGAACACAGCUGCUCUGUUUGUCAUCCUCCUCCAUCUGAUCAUUGAAAGCAAAAGUUUGACAUGGAUCCACAUGCUAGUGAUUGUUGGCAGCAUCUUGUCUUAUUUUUUCUUUGCCUUGGCCUUUGGAGCCAUGUGUGUAACAUGCAAUCCUCCAUCCAACCCCUACUGGAUUAUGCAAGAGCACAUGCUGGAUCCAGUGUUCUACUUAGUGUGUACCCUCACAACCUGUAUUGCCCUUCUGCCCAGGUUUACAUAUCGAGUUCUUCAAGGAUCCCUGUUUCCAUCUCUAAUUCUGAGAGCUAAGCACUUGGACAGACUGACAACAGAGGAAAGGGCUGAAGCUCUUAAGAAGUGGAGAGGGGCUAGAAGGAAGAACCAAGUGACAUCCAAGUAUGCCGACCAAUCCACUGGCAAAUCAGGAAGAAGAUCUGUGUCUGGACCUUCUGCUCAUGCAAUGAAGUCAGCAACUUCCUGUGCUGCUAAGCAAGGAGACUUGCCUCUAUGUGAAACUGCUUUAGACCUACACUACUCUGCAGCUGAGGUCUCAGACGUGACUGGACCCUAAAAUGUGAAGAAGGCAGACUAUUCAUUCCCCUGUUGAGAUGCAACUGUUCUUUCAAGUUCAGAAGGAUUUUGAAGAAGCACCUCUAUCAAGCAAAGAUGACUUACAUUUUUCCUUAAGGUGUAUGAGCAUCUUACUAGGCUUGCGAAGCUGACAUAAUGACCAUUACUGUAUGUUUGUAUGUACGGUUGUAAAAGAAGAAUGAGAUUUGACCUAAAUAGAGUGAGAAAAGUCAGAUAUUUGAAUCAGAAUCAAAUGCUGUUAUGAAACAUUUUUGGAUUUUAUAAAAGCAUUUUAGUUGACUUAGAAAUGCAAACAUUAUCACAGGGAUUCAUUUGAGAUUUAUUUAUUUUACUGGGAGCUCUCAUAUUCUUGGGAAGUACUUUAAGAAAGCAGGUUCCAGUUUGAAUUUUUAAAAAUUAGCACACCUGUAAUCUCAGGGCUCAGGAGGCUGAAGCAGGAAGACCAUGAGUUUGAGGCCAGUUUGGGCUGCAUAACAAGGUGCUGUCUCAAAAACAAACAAAUAAAUGUUUUAAUUAAGAAAAAACUAGAUUGAGAAAUUAGGACUAAAAGAAAAUUUCCAUAUGAAUAUAUCUUAUAAAUGGUUAAUUUACAGGUGAAUUCCAAAGAGCCUCUUCAACAACAGUGGUAAAAUAUGGUAAUGAGUGAACUCUUUCAAAUGUAGUUAGUGAUUAUCAAUAGCUUUUUAUUUCCUCUGGAAAGAUACCUUUGGUCUCCUGACUGAAGAUCUUAAGCAUACCUCUGUUCAUUCCAGUGUUUUCCUGAAGUGGAGCCUUAGGAAGGGAGGGGCGAAGGGAUGCUUCUGCUCCCUCAGGUACCCGGGAUUGUUUCUCUCUCAUCUGUUGUUUAAGAGAAGAGGCGUCAUGAGGUCUCCCUCUGUGCAGAUGCGGUCAGUUGGGAAACAGAAGCCAUAGGGAAGGCAGACAGAAUCAGCUGAGCCUACCACCCCAUUCAUUAGGCAAUUUCCUGAAUGCUUCAACAAACAAUAGCCACCUGAAAAUGAGACAACUUCAAAGCAAUCUUCCAGAGACUACUUAAGGGUUUCCUAGUCUUUGCAAUACCCAAUAACUUUUCUGGUGUUGUAGCCUUUGAAAAAGUGAAAUAUGGAUUGAAAGUAAUACAGAUUUUUCUCAGGGGGAUUUUCUUGAUGUUCUUAGAAAAACUUGUUUUUUAGUGUAUUUGACAGGAAUGUCUAUAACAAGUUUACAGCUGUUACAAAUCAUAUAUGCUGGCUUUGGUUGGGACCAAAAACUAUUCUAUACCAAGUAAAGCCACAUGCUAUAAUAAAAUCAAAUACUCGUGUUGAAGUUUUUAAAAAUUCUAUCAGAAAGUUGUUACCAUUCACCAGUCAUGGAGAAUCCCAUUCCUGAAACACCAUGCUCAUGUCCAGUGUCUGCAUGAGGGUCUCGUUCCUAUUAACAGUUAUUCUCAGGGUUUAAUCUUGAACCUGCUGCCUACUAUCCUGGUCCAAUGUUGUUUUUAUACUCUUGUAUUAUUACUGAAAAUCAUCUUUUAUACUGACUGAUUUUUAGAAUUUUUAAAAUCCCACAUGGCUAAUGGAAGUACCUUUUGCUUCCUUAAGAUUUUUUUUAAUAAACUAUUUAAUAAAUAGUGUGGACUGAAAA